CGUGACCAAGAGCUGACGUGUGCAGAAGUCCUUCUUGUUCUGGUCGUUGUUCCCGUCUGAGUACCAGCUCCCCAUUGCCCUGAGGGCGAGCGGGCCUGCAGCAGAGGCAAGAAGGAGGAGGAGAAGGAAAUUGUCCCGGAUCCCUGCAGUCUUUCCGUAGGUUGCGGCACUACGCCAGGCUAGAGAAGAGGAAGGAAAUUAACCCCGAUCGGUGAAGGUCGAUUUGAGGGUCUGCUGUAGCAGGUGGCACCACUUGAAGCGAGGGAGGAAGUUUCCUCAGAUCAGUAGAGAUUGCAAGGGUUGUUAGGCGUGGCACACCUCCAGGGGAGGGAAGAAGGGGCAAACUGCCUGUCUGAAGGAGGUCCACCUCCAGAAUCAGCUGUUGUGGCCUUGAAGUGGCUGAAGACAAUCAUCCUCCGAAGGCCUGCACCCAGGCCAGGCCCAUAGCCCUCCUCCCCCAGCCUGUGACUACUCUGUUCCUUGGUCCCUGAUAUCGUCAGGGACGAUUGCAUGGGCUACGCCAGGAAAGUAGGCUGGGUGACUGCAGGACUGGUGAUUGGGGCUGGCGCCUGCUAUUGCAUUUAUAGACUGACCAGGGGAAGAAAACAGAACAAGGAGAAAAUGGCUGAGGGCGGGUCUGGGGAUGUGGAUGAUGUUGGGGACUGUCCUGGGGCCAGGUACAAUGACUGGUCUGAUGAUGAUGAUGACAACAGUGAGAACAAAGGUAUAGUAUGGUACCCACCUUGGGCCCGGAUUGGGACUGAGGCUGGGACCAGAGCUAGGGCCAGGGCAAGGGCCAGGGCUACCCGGGCUCGUCGGGCCGUGCAGAAAAGGGCUUCCCCCAAUUCAGAUGAUACUAUUUUGUCCCCUCAAGAGUUGCAAAAAGUUCUUUGCUUGGUUGAGAUGUCUGAAAAGCCUUAUAUUCUUGAAGCAGCUUUAAUUGCCCUGGGUAACAACGCUGCUUACGCAUUUAACAGAGAUAUUAUUCGUGAUCUGGGUGGUCUCCCAAUUGUUGCAAAGAUUCUCAAUACUCGGGAUCCCAUAGUUAAGGAAAAGGCUUUAAUUGUCCUAAAUAACUUGAGUGUGAAUGCUGAAAAUCAGCGCAGGCUUAAGAUAUACAUGAAUCAAGUGUGUGAUGACACAAUCACUUCUCGCUUGAACUCAUCUGUGCAGCUGGCGGGACUAAGAUUGCUUACGAACAUGACUGUUACUAAUGAGUAUCAGCACAUGCUUGCUAAUUCCAUUUCAGACUUUUUUCGUUUAUUUUCAGCAGGAAAUGAAGAAACCAAAUUUCAGGUUUUGAAACUCCUUUUGAAUUUGGCUGAAAAUCCAGCCAUGACUAGAGAACUGCUCAGGGCCCAAGUACCAUCUUCACUGGGUUCCCUGUUUAAUAAGAAGGAGAACAAAGAGGUGAUUCUUAAACUUCUGGUCAUAUUUGAGAACAUAAAUGACAAUUUUAAAUGGGAGGAAAAUGAACCUACUCAGAAUCAAUUCAGCGAAGGUUCACUUUUUUUCUUUUUAAAAGAAUUUCAAGUGUGUGCUGAUAAGAUUCUGGGGAUAGAAAGCCAUCAUGAUUUUUUGGUGAAAGUAAAAGUUGGAAAAUUCAUGGCCAAACUGGCUGAGCAUAUGUUCCCAAAGAGCCAGGAAUAACUUCUUGAUUUUGUAGUUUAGAAGCAACACACAUUGUAAACUAUUCCUUUUCUCCACCUUGUUUAUAUGGUAAAGGAAUCCUUUCAGCUGCCAAUUUUGAGUAAUGAAUAUCAUAUUGUAUCAUCAACGCUGAUAUUUAUCUGAGUUGGUCUUCAGGUCUAAGCUGGAUGAAUGAAUAUCACUACCUGUUCUGAAAACAAGUUUGUUGCUUUUUAUCUCACUGCCUAGAUUGAAAUAUUUUUACUAUUUCUUCUGCAUAAGUGACAGUGAACCAAUUCGUCAUAAAUAAGCUCCCUCCUGUCAUGGGCAUUGACUUAAUUUGUGUAUUAUCAAUAAAAUUGUGUGUUAAUGCUGGAAAAAAAAAGAAAGAAGAAAAAGAAACCAUCCUUGUCUUUUGGUUUAUAAUCUAGUUGGAGAGAUAAGAAACAUACAAACAAAAAGAUAACAGAAUAUCUCAAGCAUAUAUUCAUCGUCAAAUAUGUGUGUUCAGAGCACAGAGGAAGCAAAGGUUUCUGUGGGAUACAAUAGUCAGCUACAGAUUUAUGGAGGAAGUGGCCAUUUAAAAUGAGUCCUCUAUGGGAUAGGUAGUUAAGGCAUUCCGUAUGAUGGGAGUGACGGGGGACUGGUGUGAGAAAGGCAUGGAGGCAGGAACUCUUCUUAUGACAGUAAGGGGGAGACUAGUCUGCUUAGAGUGGAGAAUGUAAGGAUGGGAAGUAAAUAAAUUUGGAAAGCUGGCUGAAGCCAGUUUGUGGAGAACUGUUUGAAUAUUAUCCCACUGAACGCUGAGAGCCAGUAAAUAAUUUUGACUAGAAAGAAUAAUUGGAAUUCAUAUAAAAGUUCCUCUCUCACCCACUGUGCAGUGUGCUUGAGGGUGUGGCAAAAUGGAUCCUUUCAAACCCUGGUGGCAGGAAUGAGCUUACACUGGCACAAGGUUUGUGGAGGGCCAUUUUGUAAUACAUAUCAUAAGCCUUAAAAUAGGUAAACCCUUUGUCCUAAGGAAAUAAUUGAUUCAUUGGCCAAAAACUGUAUGUACAAGGCUGUUCAUCCCAGCAAUGUGUGAAAUAGUAAAAACUGGAAACAACUUAAACAAUUUAGCACACUGGAUUGGUUAAAUAAAUUAAGGAAUAUUCACGUGGUAUAAGAUAAAUAUGUCACUUGCAAUCCAUAUUGCCAGGGAACGAUAUUCAUCAUGCAUUGUUAAGUGAGAAAGGUAGGUUAGAUAGCAGUAUUCAUAGUAUGAUUCCAUUUUUUUGAGAAUAUAAGACGUUUAAGUAGACACUAAAAACUCUGGAAUUACAGACACCCAAAUAGUAACAGUGGUUAUCUUUGGGUGGAAGGAUAGAGUAAUCUUUAACUUUUUACUUUUUAUUCAUCUAUGUGUUCUUAUUUAUCUAAAACAAAUACUGAUUUUUUUCAAAAAUUUUUGAAAAAGAAAAGUGUUGGGAAUGGAGCAGGUGAUUGAUUGGAGCAUGUACUGAGUGGAAAAAAUAUUUAGAUUAAACAUGAGGUGGGUUGAAGUUUUCUCUCUGAAAUAAUAGAUGAGUGCUGAAGAUGGGGCUCGUUGUGAGGAUUAAAUGAAGUAAUACAUGGGAAAUACUUAGAAUAUUCUGGCACAUAGCAGUUAAUUAAGAAAAGUGAGCACGCUUAAUUCCCUCGAAUUCAAGGUUGAUAGCUUUUUUGGUUGACCUUUGUUUCGCUGGGGGCAUUCUGCCACGUGUCAGCAUCAUUUAAUAAAUAAUAACAACAAUAAAGUUUAGCACUUAUUAAGUGA